AUGGCAACUUCACUUCUAGGGGAAGAACCAAGGUUAGGAUCAACUCCUCUGGCAAUGUUAGCUGCAACUUGUAAUAAAAUUGGGAGCCCGAGCCCCUCAUCAAUCUCGGAUAGUGCCUCGUCUUUUGCAAAAGGAUUUCACCCGUGGAAAAGAGCCGCCCCGAGCAGUUGCAGCCUCGGUUCAAGCCUCCCCUCGUUCGGCGUGUCGGGAGCACCACGAGGUGGUAAUGGAUUUGCGGACUCCUUCAGUGUGAAUGGAUCUCCCGGGUCCAGUGCUUUCUCACUGACGACCAACUCAUCCAACACCCCAUUUGGAAACGACUACUCCGUUUUCCAAUCGUCUGUUGCAAAUAGUUCUCAAGAGCACAGUCCACAAUCGGUCUUUAUAUCCAAGGUACAUACAUCGGUUGACAGCUUGCAAGGUAUCUAUCCAAGGAUGAGUGUUGCACAUCCGUACGAUUCAUGGUUUAAGUCAGCUCAUCCGGGCAUAUCCGCCGGGGACGUGGGGACCGGUGGGACAUCGGCCUGGGCAUGGGACAUGGGACCAAGCUGGAUUGAUGUUCAGGGCACGAACGGUGCUGCGCUCCAAACCUCGCUGCACUCUCCUCUUGGAGGCUACAACUCCGAUUACACCACGCUGAGCCAUUCCGCCUUCAGCGCCAGUCCAUCGCCUCACCUCCUCGGCGGUGGGCAGCACCUGAUGGACGGAUUCAAACCGGUGCUGCCGGCCAAUUACCCGGACACAAGCCCCACUUCAAUGACAGGUGCAAACGGUUCUGUUUUGUCCGGUUCCCCCGCAGUCUCUCUUGCGGGAUCUCCCCGGUCCUCAGCCCGGCGCUACUCAGGGAGAGCGACUUGCGACUGUCCGAACUGCCAAGAGGCUGAAAGGCUCGGACCAGCGGGAGCAAGCCUGCGCAGGAAAGGGCUGCAUAGCUGCCACAUUCCGGGCUGUGGAAAAGUGUACGGGAAGACCUCUCACCUCAAGGCACACUUGCGAUGGCACACCGGGGAGAGACCGUUCGUUUGCAACUGGCUAUUCUGUGGGAAAAGAUUCACCAGGUCCGACGAGCUGCAGCGACACCUCCGCACACACACCGGCGAGAAAAGGUUCGCCUGCCCGGUGUGCAAUAAGCGCUUCAUGCGCAGUGACCAUCUCAGUAAACACGUGAAAACCCACACCGCGGGAGAACCAGGCUCCGGGAACGGGUGUAAAAAGGGCAGCGACACCGACAGUGAGCAGAGUAUUCCAGGUAGCCCUUCGUGCCAUUCCCCUGACCUGAUGCAUCCAAAUGAUUCCGUCCAAACGUCGGGAUUGAACGGCCACAAUGCAAUCAACUAAGAGGUCCACAGACUCUCCAAAUAUAUAUACACUGAAAUGUUGCACAUGCACUGACAAAAAACUAC